GCAGUUUUGUACUGGGGAAUAUAAAAAGGAUGGUGUUCCAAUUGGAUUCAAAAGUGCUACAUUCCAUAGGUACAUAUCCUCCACCAAUAUGUUUUUUGGCUAAAAAGGUUGUGCUAUGUGAAAAGAAAUGUGAUUUUUGGCUGCUCAAAAGGAUUCUGUUGUAUUUUUUGUCUUAAGAGUCAUUAAAGACUUUAUGGUGCAGGGAGGUGAUUUUAUGAAGGGUGAUGGAACAGGGGUUUGUAGCAUAUAUGGUGGAGUUGCCUUUUCAGAUGAGAAUUUCAAACUAAAACAUGACAAGGCUGGCUUAUUAUCUAUGGCAAACAGUGGUGCCCAUACUAAUGGCUGCCAGUUUUUUAUAACUUGUGCAAAGUGUGAUUUCCUUGAUGGAAAGCAUGUUGUUUUUGGUAAAGUUGUAGAUGGAUUACUAGUUAUGAGAAAAAUUGAGAAUGUUCCUGUUGGUCCAAACAACCGUCCUAAACUGCCUGUGGUUAUUUCUCAAUGUGGUGAAAUGUGAGAAUUCUGGGUUUUGGAAUUCCGUAACGAUGUUUUUUGAAUGAAGAAGAACAGGUCAAGAAAAACACAGAAUCUUGGGAUGGCUGCUGAAAAAUUGAUCCGAUAAAUCAAGUUACGUUUUCUCACCGCGAGCAUAAGUCAUUACUGGACCGUAGAAUGUAAAAUAUACUGAAAUGUGAAAGAUGGUUAUUGAGCAUUGUAAAGUAGUUUCACUGGCGAAGUAAUGAAUAAAAUAUCUCUGUACUUGUA